UGAAACUUGGUGCCCAGAGGGUCCAUACUUUUGAGCGUCUUUCCCGUUUGCUUCAGAACCCUAGCCGGGCACGAAUGACCCGAAGUACCAAGCCCUUCUGCCCUGACUUUAACCAUGCAGUAGUUUCAGCUGGUUUCCCAACAGAGUACAAAACAAUGCAGCUCAGAACCACUCUUCCUUGUCUUGAUUCUUGCUUGUUCCAUCGGAAAGCCUCCUGGUUAUCUAGCUGGAGGACAACACAUUAAAGAGACGAAGAAGCCGAUGAGAAGGGGACCACCUCUACACCUGAGUUUGUGAAUUACACACACGCACAAAAGUGGAAAGAAUUUGUGUCUAAAAUCAGUGGCAGACUACAGCCUCCUCCCCACACCCACUGACUCCUCCACUUGGGGUAGGUGAGCCUAGACCAGACUGUGGAUUCUGACAACCCGGGAACCGGGGUCUCCCAACACGGAAGCUCUGGCCUGUCCCUGACCUCACAGCCCUAGUUGUGGUAUGAGUGAAGAUCCAGUGGCACCUGUGGGCCAACCUUUAAGACUCACAGCCCUCUGGUUUGGGAAAGGGAAGACCGCAGGAGAGGUAGGACUUUUUUCCUGGUUGAGAUUCGUGGGGAAAGAUUGCUGCUUCUGUAUCCUUCUGUUCGACUGAGGUGUCUCUGUUGCUCCAUAAAUAAAACGUCCCACUGCUUUUGGUGAGCGCUAUAAAGGCAGCAGGAAGACUGUCCCCAGGGCAUUCCGGGCAGGCAGAGAGCACGGAACCCAAACAGGUGAGUUCAUCGCAGAAGAUGCAGUAGGCUGCACCCCUCCCUGUUGUAACCCUCUAGGGAUGGGACAGGUCAGGCGCCGGAGGACAAGGCAGGGCAGGCAUCAGAAAAGGCGAGACAAAAAGAAACUAGGGAUCGGACUGGGAAAGUCGUUGCACCUGUCCCCGAGUGGGACGGCACGGCUGCAGCCCAGAGUACACGGAGCCGCGUUUCCCGUAGAGUGCGGGAGUACAGGACCCCUUCCUUGUCUCACGAACCCGGUCGGGGGAGAUUUCAGGACGCGGACAGCGCCCUGACCGCCAAGGGAGGGCACCCAGGUCAACUCCCCAAAGCGGGUUCCCUCCCGGGACAGCGGGGAUACCCGGGCUCUGGUGCGGGAGACACUGAAAUCCUCAGCUGCCGUCCUUCAGGCGGCCGAAGGGGAGAUUUGUCGCCAACGCCAAGGACUGCAGGACCCGACCGGCUCUGCAGCGCGGCUACCCCAGGUGUCACGGGAGGCUGCUCCCGGGUGCCCGCGGCGGACUCUUCCCCUGCCUGGCGCUGCCGAGCGUCCUUCCUCGCUGCGUCCCCUCCCUGCCGGUGGUCCCUCGGGUUCGCAGGCCAUGGCAGCGCCGGGCAGCAGCCCGGAGCCGCGGCAGCUCCCCGAGUACAGCUGCAGCUACGUGGUGUCGCGGCCGGUGUACAACGAGCUCACCUUCCAGCAGCAGCGCGAGCGGCGACUGCAGGAGCGCAGGACGCUGCGGGACAGCCUGGCUCGGAGCUGCAGUUGCUCAAGAAAGAGAGCCUUUGGCGUUCUGAAGACUCUCCUGCCCGUUCUGGACUGGCUCCCCAAAUACCGAGUCAAGGAAUGGUUGCUCAGUGACAUCAUCUCUGGAGUUAGCACUGGACUAGUGGGAACCCUGCAAGGAAUGGCUUAUGCCCUGCUAGCUGCAGUUCCUGUAGAAUAUGGUCUCUACUCUGCCUUUUUCCCUAUCCUGACGUAUUUUGUCUUUGGAACGUCAAGACACAUCUCAGUUGGCCCUUUCCCCGUGGUCAGUCUAAUGGUGGGAUCUGUUGUUCUGAGCAUGGCUCCGGAUGAACACUUCAUUGUGCCCAGUGGUAACGGAAGUGCGUCAAACGUGACCACGUUAGACGCCGGAACCAGAGAUGCCACAAGAGUACUGAUCGCAAGCACCCUCACUCUUCUGGUUGGAAUCAUACAGCUGGUAUUUGGAGGUCUGCAGAUUGGAUUCAUCGUGAGGUACUUGGCAGACCCUUUGGUUGGUGGAUUUACAACGGCUGCCGCCUUCCAAGUGCUGGUCUCACAGCUAAAGAUUGUGCUCAACGUUCCAACCAAAAACUACAAUGGCAUCCUCUCCAUUAUCUACACACUAAUUGAGAUUUUUCAAAAUAUCGGUGACACCAAUAUUGCAGAUUUCAUUGCUGGGUUACUUACCAUCAUCAUCUGUAUGGCUGUUAAGGAAUUAAAUGAUCGAUUUAAACACAAAAUCCCAGUCCCUAUUCCUAUAGAAGUGAUUGUGACAAUAAUUGCAACUGCCAUUUCCUAUGGGGCCAACUUGGAAAAAAAUUACAAUGCUGGCAUUGUUAAGUCCAUCCCAAGUGGGUUCUUGCCCCCUGCACUUCCAUCUGUGGGUCUGUUUUAUGACAUGCUGGCUGCAUCCUUUUCCAUCGCGGUGGUGGCUUAUGCCAUUGCAGUGUCUGUAGGAAAAGUCUACGCCACCAAGCAUGAUUAUCUAAUCGACGGGAACCAGGAAUUUGUUGCCUUUGGGAUAAGCAACGUGUUCUCUGGAUUCUUCUCCUGUUUUGUGGCUACCACUGCUCUGUCUCGAACAGCUGUCCAGGAGAGCACCGGGGGAAAGACACAGGUUGCUGGCAUCAUCUCAGCUGGGAUUGUAAUGAUUGCCAUUGUUGCCCUGGGGAAGCUUCUGGAACCCUUGCAGAAGUCAGUAUUGGCAGCUGUUGUCAUUGCCAACCUGAAAGGGAUGUUCAUGCAGGUGUGUGACGUUCCUCGCCUGUGGAAGCAGAAUAAGACUGAUGCUGUUAUCUGGGUGUUUACAUGCAUAAUGUCCAUCAUUCUGGGGCUGGACCUGGGUUUGCUAGCAGGCCUUUUAUUUGGACUACUGACUGUGGUUCUGAGAGUUCAGUUCCCAUCAUGGAACAGCCUUGGAAGUGUCCCCAGUACAGACAUCUAUAGAAGUAUCUCACAUUACAAAAACCUUGAAGAGCCUGAAGGAGUGAAGAUUCUGAGAUUUUCUAGUCCCAUUUUUUAUGGCAAUGUUGAUGGUUUUAAGAAAUGUGUCAUGUCCACAGUUGGAUUUGAUGCCAUUAGAGUAUAUAAUAAGAGGCUGAAAGCAUUGAGAAGAAUACAGAAACUCAUCAAAAAAGGACAACUAAGGGCAACAAAGAACGGGAUCAUAAGUGAUGCUGGCUCUUCAAAUCAUGCUUUUGAACCCGAUGAAGAUGCUGAGGAGCCAGAGGAGCUUGAUAUCCCAACCAAAGAAAUUGAGAUUCAAGUGGACUGGAACUCUGAGCUCCCGGUUAAAGUGAAUGUCCCCAAAGUGCCAAUCCACAGCCUGGUGCUGGACUGUGCGGCCGUGUCUUUCCUGGAUGUGGUAGGAGUGAGGUCCUUGCGAAUGAUUGUGAAAGAAUUUCAGAGAAUUGACGUGAAUGUGUACUUUGCUUUGCUUCAAGACGAUGUGCUAGAAAAGAUGGAGCAGUGUGGGUUCUUCGACGACAGCAUCAGGAAGGACAGAUUCUUUCUGACCGUUCACGACGCCAUACUCUAUCUGAAGAACCAAGUUAAAUCCCAGCAGAGCCAGGAUUCCCUUCUAGAGACGAUCACUCUCAUUCAAGACUGUAAGGAUCCUCUUGAACUGAUGGAAGCAGAGAAGAAUGAGGAAGAACUUGAUGUUCAGGAUGAGGCCAUGCGUAGACUUGCUUCCUGAGAGUGGUCAGGGACUGCUAGACCUGCUUGGCCGUCGUUCUCUGCAACUGUUCUCUGCACUGACUCCUUCAUACUUAAGCAGCCGUCCUUUUACUGCUAUGUUAAAAAUAUUUACAUUUUUAAACUUCCUAGGCCUUACACAAGAAACACUGGUCAUUUCUAUGUCUUAAUACAGAAAACACACAGCUUAGCUCUAAAAUAUCCAAAACCAUGAGAAUCAUCCCUGAAAAUCAGCAAUGUCUGGGACCUGGUGACAGUGCUCAGUGCUGCUGGCACCAUGACAGGUUUGCUGUGUCCACAGGGUACACUGUAUCCCUGUUAAGCAGCCUUUAUGGGCAGGCGAGCCAGGAAGGACUAAUUACAAAGAAAGAUGAUGGACCCUGACUGACCUUGAGAUCUGUGUACUAAUGUACUCAUUAAGGAGCUUAAAAAAAUAAAACCAAUCUUUGAAACAUA